UGGCGAGGACUUCCGGGGUCGCUCUGUCACUACCCUGUGUUCCACCAAAAAAAAAAAAAACAAUCUUUUUUUUCUUUUGAAGUCUUCACUCAGAUUUUUUGAUACCGGUGUUUCUUCAGAGUGGAGGGACAUAUUUUUUAUUCCUACGCCGCCGAUAGGACGUCUUGUCAAGAUGAACUUUCUUCGAGGAGUGAUGGGUGGACAGUCAGCCGGGCCGCAGCCCUCUGGAGCGGAGACGAUUCAGAAACUGUGCGACAGAGUGGCCUCCUCGACACUCCUGGAGGAUCGCAGAGAUGCAGUCCGUGCGCUUAAAUCCCUCUCUAAGAAAUAUCGAAUGGAGGUUGGCAUGCAGGCGAUGGAUCAUUUGAUUAACAUCCUGCAAACUGACAGGUCUGACUCAGAAAUCCUUGGCUACGCUUUGGACACGCUAUACAACAUCAUCUGCAACGACGAGGAGGAAGAGCAAGAUGAAUCGGAAGAUGAAGCCGCACAGAAGCAGGCAGAUGACCUUGGCGCCAAGUUCACCGAGGCCUUCAUUCAGGAACACGAGCACAUUACCCUGCUCCUCACCUUAUUGGAGGAGUUUGACUUCCAUGUGCGUUGGCCCGGUGUGAAAUUGUUGACGGCCCUCCUGAAGAGCCAGUGUGUGCAGGUGCAGAGCAUCAUCCUGGUCAGCCCUAUGGGUGUUUCCAGGUUGAUGGAUUUGUUGGCAGACUCCAGAGAAGUGAUCCGAAAUGACGGAUUGUUGUUGCUUCAGCAGUUAACUAAAGGCAACGCUGCCAUUCAGAAGAUUGUGGCGUUUGAAAAUGCAUUUGAACGCCUACUGGAUAUCAUCACGGAAGAGGGAAGCAGCGAUGGAGGUAUCGUGGUGGAGGACUGUUUGCUGCUGCUCCUCAACCUCCUCAAGAACAACAGCUCCAACCAGAACUUCUUCAAGGAGGGCUCUUUUAUCCAGAGGAUGAGGCCGUGGUUUGAGGUGGGCGACGACAACUCCGGCUGGUCUGCACAGAAAGUUACCAACCUCCAUCUGAUGCUGCAGCUGGUGCGAGUCAUGGUGUCCCCUGUGAACUCUCCGGGAGCCACAGCCAGCUGUCAGAAGUCGAUGUUCCAGUGUGGCCUCCUGCAGCAGUUGUGCACCAUCCUCAUGGCCACCGGGGUGCCGGCAGACAUACUCACCGAGACCAUCAACACUGUGUCAGAGGUCAUCAGGGGUUCACAGGUCAACCAGGACUACUUUGCGUCUGUCAACGCUCCUUCUAACCCACCAAGACCUGCCAUCGUGGUCUUGCUCAUGUCCAUGGUCAACGACAGACAGCCGUUUGUGCUUCGCUGUGCUGUCCUCUACUGCUUCCAGUGUUUCCUCUAUAAAAACCAGAAAGGGCAGGGAGAGAUUGUGGCUACAUUGCUGCCCUCCACUAUUGACGCCAACUGCAUCUCAGCAGGUCAGCUCCUGUGCGGUGGCCUCUUCUCAGCAGACUCCCUCUCCAACUGGUGUGCGGCGGUGGCUUUGGCUCACGCCCUGCAGGACAACCUCACCCAGAAGGAGCAACUCUUGCGGGUCCAGCUGGCCACCAGCCUGGGCAAACCUCCCGUCUCUUUGUUGCAGCAGUGCACCAACAUCCUCUCUCAGGGUGAUAAGAUCAGCCGGCGGGGCAGCAAAGUACAGACGAGGGUGGGCCUCCUCAUGCUGCUGUGCACGUGGAUCAACAACUGUCCCAUCGCCGUCACACACUUUCUCCACAAUCAGGAAAACGUUCCUUUUCUAACAGCUCAGAUCUCCGAGAAUCUGGGAGAGGAUGAGCGUCUGGUGCAGGGCCUGUGCGCGCUGCUGCUGGGCAUCUGCAUUUACUACAACGACAACUCGUUAGAGAACUACACCAAAGAGAAACUGAAGCAGCUGAUUGAGAAGCGUAUUGGCAAGGAGAACUUUGUGGAGAAGCUGGGUUUUAUCACAAAGCACGAGCUGUACUCACGGGCCGCACAGAAGCCGCAGCCCGUUUUUCCAUCUCCGGAGCAGAUGCUGUUCGAUCACGAGUUCACUAAGCUGGUCAAAGAACUGGAGAGCGUGAUCACCAAGGCGGUCCACAAGUCCAGUGAGGAAGAGAAGAAAGAAGAGGAGGUGAAGAAAACAUUGGAGCAGCAUGACAACAUUGUAACGCAGUACAAAGAGCUGAUCCGGGAACAGGAUGCCAAGAUCCAAGAGCUGAAAGAGCAGAUGGCCUCCAUGACGUCCCAGAAUGAAGAGAUGCAGACCACCAUGGUCCAGCAGCUGAGCCAGAUCCAGCAGCACAAAGACCAGUACAACAUACUCAAGCUCAAGCUAGGGAAGGAGAACCAGAGUCAGGCUAACAGUCUUCAGGGAGAUGGCUCCCAGGUGAACGGGAUGCAGACGGAAGAAGUGGCGCAACUACGAGAGGAGAUGGAGGAGCUCCGCAGUCAACACGCUCUUCUCCAGACACAACUUAGUGACAAAGAGGCGGUCAUUAAUACUCUGCGAUCUAAGGGGUCACAGCCAACAGAGGGCGCCACAGGAGGCUCAGACAACACAGAACUACUAAAGGAGCUGGAGCUUCUGAGGAGUCAGGUCCAGUCCCAGUCGUCCGAGAUCAACCAGCUUAAGACUGACAACCAGGACCUGUUUAGAAGAGCUGAAACUGGGUCUUCAGACACCAGCGCAAGUGGAGACUCCUCUAACAUGGCGGAACUGGAGAGCAGACUGGCAGCGCAAACGUCUGAGACAGAAAGACUCAAAGAGGAGGUCAGGGGUCUGACGGAGGGACGGGUGCAACUGGAGCAGCAGGCGGCCUCAGCCACCAGUUCGGUGGCCAUUCUGCAAAGGGAGAAAGCUAAGCUCCAAACAGAUCUUCAGGAGUCCAAGAAGGAGCAGGACGACCUGCUGAUGCUGCUGGCUGACCAGGAUCAGAAGAUCCUCAGCCUCAAAGAGAGGCUCAAAGAACUGGGAGAGACGGUGGAUGAUGAAGAUGACCUAGACAGUCGGGACCAAACAGAUGAAGACGACGAGGAGGAGGAUGAAGAUGAAGACAAGGACUAAGAAAACUGCAGGGAUUAUUACAACAACAACAAAAAAAGGACGUAAAUGAGAAACAAGGACUUUGGAUAUGAAGCAGGUUUCUCUCCAGUUGCCAUGUUUUCAGCAAUGUCACUAUUACAUUACUGCUAAUGUACCACAUUUGCAAUUUAAAAAAAUAACAAAAAAAAGGCUCUUUCAGAGACAACUGGGAGCUUCAAAGUCAUCAGUGCGUUCAUCUCGGCUAUUUUUAUCAUCAUGCGGGAUGACUUCCUGUAACGUGUCAGACUAAAAGUUGAUAAAGGAAAGCUAGUCUGCCGCAUUUACACAGGAAAAAAAGUAGCAUCAUCUUUCUUUAUUUCAGUAUUUUCCAACAAUCAUUCAUGUUUUCCGCUCUGCGAUAUGCUGCAAAAACUGACAGACAAGAUGUACAAAAAAACAAAACAACAAGAUAUUUUUGUCAUCGGGCUUCUGAACGAAGAUGCUGUGUAACUUAAAACAUUUAUGAGCCACGUUGAAAGAAUCUAUUAAAGGAGUAAUGGUUGGUAAAUUAAAUUUUACUAAAUCA